AUGGGAGAUGAUUGUAAUACGAGAAAGGUUGUCAUGCGGCUACUUGAAGGUGCAGGUGUACCAGCUCGUAAUCUUCCGAUGGAUCGAUUGCAGAGGCAACUCCAGAGAACAAUAAGCGGGAAGAGAUGCUUCGUUGUGAUGGAUAAUAUGGUGGAGGAUGAUCCUCUUGAUCGGCACAAGUUAAAAGACUUGUUCAAGGGCUGUGCAAGGGGCAGCUGUGUCUUACAGUUACUCACCACCACCAGUAAAAAGCAGGUUGAUCAAUCCUAUUGUUUGGAUCAAAAAAUUGAUGAACAAGUGAGGAGUUAUAAAGAUCUUUUAAAUGGGAUCAGAGUUGCAAAUGGAGAGCGGAGGAGGCCAAUUCACUCUUUUGUACCUCAAGAUGUGGUUGUCGGGAGGGAGGCUGAGAAACAAGCAAUCAUAGAGCAGUUGUUGGAGGAGAAUAUGGAAGAGAAUCCAUUGGUCAUUCCCAUUAUAGGUAUUGGAGGAUUAGGAAAAACAGCCCUUGCUCAACUCAUUUUCAACGACGACAAGAUUGAAUCUCAUUUCGAUCUUAAAACUUGGGUGGUUGUCACUGACGGCGCCUUUGAUGUGAAAGCAAUUAUUGAAAAUAUUAUUCAAUCUGUAACCGGUAAUUGGCCAGAAGACCUUGGCUUUGACCGACUCGAAAUUCUUCUUCGUCAACAAAUGCGAGGAAAGCGUUAUCUCCUCAUUCUUGAUGAUGUGUGGAACGAGGAUGAAGUCAAAUGGAAGCAGCUAAUAGACUUGCUAUCAGACGGUGCACAUGGGAGCGGAAUUAUUGUAACUACUCGUAUUCAAAAAGUUGCAAAGAUUACAGGUGAGAAGCAUCGACAUGAGUUACAGAUACUAGAUGAAGAUCAGUCUUGGGAGCUAUUCCAGGAAGUUGCCUUUGUGCAAAUAGUACAUCCAACUGACCCAGAAAUUAAAAUUGGAAGAAAGAUUGCGAAGAAGUGUGGGGGAGUCCCUCUCGUGAUAAGGACAAUAGGAAGUAUGUUGUUUACUAGAGAUCCAGAAACAGAGUGGCAGCCGUUCCAUGAUAAGGAGCUUCCAACGAUAUUAAAAGAUGUUACAACAACAACAACAACAACAACUGCUCUUGGUGUUAAAGCAGUUCUUGAGUUGAGUUAUGGUCAUUUGCCAUCUCCGUUGAAAGAAUGCUUUAAUUGCUGUGCACUGUUUCCUAAAGAUUAUGAAAUUGACGUAGGGACGCUCAUAUCCUUGUGGACGUCGCAUGGAUUUAUAGAUCCGAGAGGGCAGCAAGGUCUCGAGAAAGUAGCUUAUGAUUCUUUUAUGGAUUUACUUGGAAGAUCUUUCUUUCAAGAAACUAAGACGGACGAGUUGGGCAAGAUAACAAAAUGCAAAAUGCAAAACUUAAUGUAUGAUCUUGCAAGGGAAAAGGCUGGGAAAGUUUAUGAUACUUUACGAUUACAGGACCACAGGUCUAAUGAUGGUUCGCUUAGUCAUGCAUCGUUAGAUUUUCAUUUCGACUCAUCCUGGCAGUUUCCAACUGCAUUAACUGAAUCAAAAGAGAUUCAUAGUUUGAUUUUUCCUAGGCAAUUUCGAUGGCCAAUUGAAUGCAGAUCAAGUGAGUCUAUUUGUGAUGUAAUUCUACAAUUCAAGUCGUUACGAAUGUUGGACUUGCACAAUUCUGGAAUUAAGAUAUUACCGGAUGCUAUUGGUGAGUUGAUAGAUCUAUGUUAUCUGGAUCUUUCUCAAAAUGUGAAUAUCAAGUCACUGCCGAGUUCUAUUAGUAGGCUAAAAAACCUGCAGACUCUGAAACUCAAUCAUUGCAGCAAUCUCCAAGCAUUGCCAAGAGGCAUUACGAUGUUAAGCAACCUAAGAAAUCUCGAAAAUGAGUCUUGUUAUUGUUUGACUCAUAUGCCGCAAAGACUACGUCAACUAUCUCAACUUCGAAGAUUAUCAGAAUUUGUUUUGAGUAAUAGCCUUGGCUCUCUCUCAAACAAAGGUGGCAAGCUCGACGAACUACGUAAUCUAAUCCACUUGGGAGGCAAUCUCAAAAUUAAAAAUUUGAGCUGUCCGAAGAGUGAUCAAACAAAAGAAGCAGAGUUGAAACACAAAACAGAUCUUCUAUCUUUAAUUUUGAUUUGGGAUAUUAACGCUUCUGUUAAUGAAGCUGAUUAUAAGACGGCACUGAAAGAGCUUGAGCCACAUCCAAAUCUCAGAGAACUAUCUAUAUCUGCUUAUGGUGGGAGCGAGUUUUCACGUUGGCUUCUAUUGCUCAAAAAUCUUGUCAAAUUAUCUUUAUCAAGAUGCAAUGGAUGUCAUUGCCUACCGCCACUUGACCGCUUGCCUAAUCUUAAAGUAUUGGUAGUAGAUGAGUUAAUGAAGCUGGAAUACAUUUUGGAAAAAUCAUCGCCAAUUGAAUCAAAAACACCGUUUCCAUCCUUGAAAGAGCUUCAACUUACUAAUUUGCCAGAGCUAAAGGGAUGGAGGAAAGGUGCAUCAGAAAAUGUUGAAGAAGAAACUACAUUUACUUGUCUUUCUAAAUUGGUUGUUGAGAAUUGCCCCAAACUGACUUCCAUGCCUCCUUUUCCAUGUCUAGAAGAACUACUAGUGCUGCAGAACACUAGUUGGGAGCCUUUCAAACGAACUACUCUCUUUAAAUUGAGGGCACUACAUAUCAUUGAUAUGCCCGAUGGUGAUCAUAAUAUGUGGCAGUCCCUUCCCAGCCUCCGUUCUGUGACAUUGGAUCAUCUUGCUGAUAUAAAUGAUCAUCUUGAAAGACUUCAACAAGUGACCAGCCUGCAGCAACUCCAUAUAUGGCGCUGUGACAAGUUAGAGGAAAUUCCGAGUUGGAUCAGCAAAGUCAAAACGCUCAAGACAAUUUCAAUCAAGCUGUGCCCCAAUUUGUUAAUUUCGCCGGAGGGAAUUAACCUCUUAACCUCUUUAAGAAAGGUGGAGAUUGAGGACUGUCCUCGAGUUUCUCACAUCGAAAACAUGCUUAAAGAUCCAUCAUACACUUAUUCAAAAUCCUCUACUGUCUCAGGAGGCUUGCGUGGUUGAUGUUCUUGCUUCUCAUGCCUCUUUUCUGGAUUCUCCAAGCUGGUGGCUUCUGGCUUCGUCGGUUUGAAUUGAUUUAUCCUCAUGUGAAUAACCACUUUGUACUUGUGUCCAAGGAUUAUAUUUGUUCAAUUUGUUUGCUUUUUGGUGGUGUGAGCUUGAGUUGUGUGUUUAGUUUAGUUUAGUUUAGUUUGUUUUAUACGUCUUUCUUUAUUUCUGACUUUGUAUUAUUUUCUUAGUUUCAUGAAUAUAUGGGUACUGCCUUGGGGCUUUUUCAGCAUAUGAUUAUUUUAUGAUGCUUUUUCCCCUUGGUAAGUCCGCUUUUAAUUUAAAAAAGUUUCAAUUAAGUCUGGAGGAGACUCUUGAUAACAUGUUGCAGUUUGUUACUUGGAAACUAAAACAAAAACUAAAACUAACUCAAUGAGCUGUCCGAUUCUGAUUUGGUCCUGUAUUGCUAUUAAGUUCCAAUGUGUAAUCUUGUUCAUUCCUAAUAAAGGCUGUGUAUUUUGAUAGAUUGAGGGC